AUGCCAGUCGUCAGCGAGAUGCGGCAUCCCAAGGGCUUCAGCUUCCAGCAGGAGCGCAGGAUCGUACUUCUCCGCGAGGCCACCCAGAGCGACGGCAGCCACAUGGAGUGGUCGGAGAUCGCGAAGAAGGUGAAGAACCUCUUGGGCAAGAGGCCACGACCACGACACGUGGCGAACACGUGCCGCCGGGCCACGGCGCGCCGCGGGCCCCUCAAGUACGAUUACAAAAAGUGCGGCAAGAAGCCGGACAAGGUGACAAAGGAGGUGGAGCGUUUCUUGGUGAAGAAGCUGAAGGAGUUGCGAUGCCGCACCGCAUGCACGUCGACUACGUUGCAAUUGCUUUUGGCUUCCGAAAUGAAAGUCAAGGUUACGGUGCGCUACGUGCGCAAGGUCCUCUCGAAGAAAGGCUUUCGCUGGUUACCCAAGAGGCAGAAGCGGUUAUACUCCAAGGAUCAGAGGAAAGCCCGCCUGACGUUUGCGAAGAAGGUCCUGAGGAUGACUUCGGCGGAGCUGAACACGGCUUUGGCAUACGCCAUGGACGGCGUCAUCCUUGCGAUGCCCCCGAAGGCGAAGCUGAUGAAGCGCGUCUGCAGGGAAGUGGUGCGCAAGAAGGGCGCGGCCACGGGAUUUGCUCUGCUGUUGGUCAUGGGGUUGACUGGCGCAGUGCAAGCCCGGAGGGCUUUGGUGAAGUUGCUCCUCACGGUUGCUGCGGCGUACUCGGUUGUGGUUCGCCUCCACAGGGGCUCCCAGGACAGCGAGGUGAUCGCAGCCUUUCGAAAGGUGCUCCGCAAGGCGCGCCCGGACAAGGGCGGGGCAGACGAGCACGCGAAGCAGCUGAACGCCGCGAAGGAGCGUUGGGACCAGAUGCCAGUCGUCAGCGAGAUGCGGCAUCCCAAGGGCUUCAGCUUCCAGCAGGAGCGCAGGAUCGUACUUCUCCGCGAGGCCACCCAGAGCGACGGCAGCCACAUGGAGUGGUCGGAGAUCGCGAAGAAGGUGAAGAACCUCUUGGGCAAGAGGCCACGACCACGACACGUGGCGAACACGUGCCGCCGGGCCACGGCGCGCCGCGGGCCCCUCAAGUACGAUUACAAAAAGUGCGGCAAGAAGCCGGACAAGGUGACAAAGGAGGUGGAGCGUUUCUUGGUGAAGAAGCUGAAGGAGUUGCGAUGCCGCACCGCAUGCACGUCGACUACGUUGCAAUUGCUUUUGGCUUCCGAAAUGAAAGUCAAGGUUACGGUGCGCUACGUGCGCAAGGUCCUCUCGAAGAAAGGCUUUCGCUGGUUACCCAAGAGGCAGAAGCGGUUAUACUCCAAGGAUCAGAGGAAAGCCCGCCUGACGUUUGCGAAGAAGGUCCUGAGGAUGACUUCGGCGGAGCUGAACACGGCUUUGGCAUGCGCCAUGGACGGCGUCAUCCUUGGAUUUGCUCUGCUGUUGGUCAUGGGGUUGACUGGCGCAGUGCAAGCCCGGAGGGCUUUGGUGAAGUUGCUCCUCACGGUUGCUGCGGCGUACUCGGUUGUGGUUCGCCUCCACAGGGACUCCCAGGACAGCGAGGUGAUCGCAGCCUUUCGAAAGGUGCUCCGCAAGGCGCACCCGGACAAGGGCGGGGCAGACGAGCACGCGAAGCAGCUGAACGCCGCGAAGGAGUGCUGGGACCAGGCCAAGAAACCGAGGGGCCGCCCGAAACGCGCAGAGCAGCCCGAGGCGCCUGCAGGGGCGGCCGCUGCUGACGGCGCGCCUGGCGAAACCUUCCAGGAUCUGAUCGUCCGGGAGGUCUCCAUGAAAGCCUACCGCAUCCAGUCCGCGGGUGUGCUGCUCACGUACUUCGGGGUGCAGGGCCUGCCGCAGUGGCAGCAAUUUCUGGCGCACGUGCGCUCGAAGCAGAAGGUGGACAACUUCAUCUCCAUUCGCCAUUGCCGCAAGCUUUUCCCAGGCGAUCCGAAGCCUUCCUGCCGCGCGGGCCACUCCAAGGCGCGCGCGGGAGACGCGUUCCAGUUCCAGAGGAACCAGUCGUCAGCGCAGAUGCGGCAUCCGCAAUGGCGCUUCAGCUUCCAGGUCAGGAGGGCGCUCAGGAUCGUACUUCUCCGCGCAGGCCAGAAGCCCGAGAGCGACGUGCAGCCACGUGGAGUGGAGCGCAGGAUCGCACUUCUCCGCGAGGCCACCCAGAGCGACGGCAGCCACAUGGAGUGGUCGGAGAUCGCGAAGAAGGUGAAGAACCUCUUGGGCAAGAGGCCACGACCACGACACGUGGCGAACACGUACCGCCGGGCCACGGCGCGCCGCGGGCCCCUCAAGUACGAUUACAAAAAGUGCGGCAAGAAGCCGGACAAGGUGACAAAGGAGGUGGAGCGUUUCUUGGUGAAGAAGCUGAAGGAGUUGCGAUGCCGCACCGCAUGCACGUCGACUACGUUGCAAUUGCUUUUGGCUUCCGAAAUGAAAGUCAAGGUUACGGUGCGCUACGUGCGCAAGGUCCUCUCGAAGAAAGGCUUUCGCUGGUUACCCAAGAGGCAGAAGCGGUUAUAUUCCAAGGAUCAGAGGAAAGCCCGCCUGACGUUUGCGAAGAAGGUCCUGAGGAUGACUUCGGCGGAGCUGAACACGGCUUUGGCAUGCGCCAUGGACGGCGUCAUCCUUGCGAUGCCCCCGAAGGCGAAGCUGAUGAAGCGCGUCUGCAGGGAAGUGGUGCGCAAGAAGGGCGCGGCCACGGGCUCAAGCCUUCCUGCCGCGCGGGCCACUGCGCGCGCGGGAGACGGGCCCCAGAUGCCGGUCGUCAGCGAGAUGCGGCAUCCCAAGGGCUUCAGUUUCCAGCAGGAGCGCAGGAUCGUACUUCUCCGCGAGGCCACCCAGAGCGACGGCAGCCACGUGGAGUGGUCGGAGAUCGCGAAGAAGGUGAAGAACCUCUUGGGCAAGAGGCCACGACUACGACACGUGGCGAACACGUGCCGCCGGGCCACGGCGCGCCGCAGGCCCCUCAAGUACGAUUACAAAAAGUGCGGCAAGAAGCCGGACAAGGUGACAGAGGAGGUGGAGCGUUUCUUGGUGAAGAAGCUGAAGGAGUUGCGAUGCCGCACCGCAUGCACGUCGACUACGUUGCAAUUUCUUUUGGCUUCCGAAAUGAAAGUCAAGGUUACGGUGCGCUACGUGCGCAAGGUCCUCUCGAAGAAAGGCUUUCGCUGGUUACCCAAGAGGCAGAAGUGGUUAUACUCCAAGGAUCAGAGGAAAGCCCGCCUGACGUUUGCGAAGAAGGUCCUGAGGAUGACUUCGGCGGAGCUGAACACGGCUUUGGCAUGCGCCAUGGACGGCGUCAUCCUUGCGAUGCCCCCGAAGGCUGAGCCGGAGAGCUUCGCGUCCACCGUCGCCGCGUCCGCUGGGGUGGAGCGCGGCCCAGGCGAAGGGCGUCCGACGGGCUCCGCGGCCGCCUCGCUGUGGGGCGGCCUCGCCAGCGAGGGCGCCGACGUGGACGGGCGCCGUGUGUCCGAGGACCCGCAGCUUGCCUCGCCGGGGCGCGCGUCGCCGGGCGGGCAACUGCCGGCGGACGUGACGCUGGUGCCGGUGCCCUCGCCGCUGCCGGACGCGCUCUCAGGAACCGAGGCCGGGAAGGGAGAUGGAACACGGCAAGCGGAAUGGACUCCAGAUGCCGAGCACCAGUGGUGCCAGCAGCACCACUGGCCUUGGCUGGGCCUCGAACGCCUGGGCACGGCAGGAUUUGCUCUGAUGUUGGUCAUGGGGUUGACUGGCGCAGUGCAAGCCCGGAGGGCUUUGGUGAAGUUGCUCCUCACGGCUGCUGCGGCGUACUCGGUUGUGGUUCGCCUCCACAGGGACUCCCAGGACAGCGAGGUGAUCGCAGCCUUUCGAAAGGUGCUCCGCAAGGCGCGCCCGGACAAGGGCGGGGCAGACGAGCACGCGAAGCAGCUGAACGCCGCGAAGGAGCGUUGGGACCAGAUGCCAGUCGUCAGCGAGAUGCGGCAUCCCAAGGGCUUCAGCUUCCAGCAGGAGCGCAGGAUCGUACUUCUCCGCGAGGCCACCCAGAGCGACGGCAGCCACAUGGAGUGGUCGGAGAUCGCGAAGAAGGUGAAGAACCUCUUGGGCAAGAGGCCACGACCACGACACGUGGCGAACACGUACCGCCGGGCCCCGGCGCGCCGCGGGCCCCUCAAGUACGAUUACAAAAAGUGCGGCAAGAAGCCGGACAAGGUGACAAAGGAGGUGGAGCGUUUCUUGGUGAAGAAGCUGAAGGAGUUGCGAUGCCGCACCGCAUGCACGUCGACUACGUUGCAAUUGCUUUUGGCUUCCGAAAUGAAAGUCAAGGUUACGGUGCGCUACGUGCGCAAGGUCCUCUCGAAGAAAGGCUUUCGCUGGUUACCCAAGAGGCAGAAGCGGUUAUACUCCAAGGAUCAGAGGAAAGCCCGCCUGACGUUUGCGAAGAAGGUCCUGAGGAUGACUUCGGCGGAGCUGAACACGGCUUUGGCAUACGCCAUGGACGGCGUCAUCCUUGCGAUGCCCCCGAAGGGGACCCCAGACAGCGAGGUGAAGUCUGGCCGCGGGUCGGUGUUCGAAGUCGUCAGCGAGAUGCGGCAUCCCAAGAGCUUCAGCUUCCAGCAGGAGCGCAGGAUCGUACUUCUCCGCGAGGCCACCCAGAGCGACGGCAGCCACAUGGAGUGGUCGGAGAUCGCGAAGAAGUACGAUUACAAAAAGUGCGGCAAGAAGCCGGACAAUGUGACAAAGGAGGUGGAGCGUUUCUUGGUGAAGAAGCUGAAGGAGUUGCGAUGCCGCACCGCAUGCACGUCGACUACGUUGCAAUUGCUUUUGGCUUCCGAAAUGAAAGUCAAGGUUACGGUGCGCUACGUGCGCAAGGUCCUCUCGAAGAAAGGCUUUCGCUGGUUACCCAAGAGGCAGAAGCGGUUAUACUCCAAGGAUCAGAGGAAAGCCCGCCUGACGUUUGCGAAGAAGGUCCUGAGGAUGACUUCGGCGGAGCUGAACACGGCUUUGGCAUACGCCAUGGACGGCGUCAUCCUUGCGAUGCCCCCGAAGGCGAAGCUGAUGAAGCGCGUCUGCAGGGAAGUGGUGCGCAAGAAGGGCGCGGCCACGGGCUUCUGA